GUCCACAGGCGGCGGAGCGGCCACAAUCACAGCUCCUGGCAUUGGGGGAGCCCGAGCCGGCUGUGCCGGGGGAAUCCGUGCGGGCGUCUUCCGUCCCGGUCCCAUCCUCGCCGCGCUCCCGCACCCCUGAAGUUUUGCAGCGCCCAGAAAGGAGGCGAGGGAGAAGGGAGCGUGAGAGGAAAGGGAGCAAAAAGCACACCCUAAAACAUUUAUUUCAAGGAGAAAAGAAAAAGGGGGGCGCAAAAAUGGCUGGGGCAAUUAUAGAAAACAUGAGCACCAAGAAGCUGUGCAUUGUUGGUGGGAUUCUGCUCCUGUUCCAAAUCAUCGCCUUUCUGGUGGGAGGCUUGAUUGCUCCAGGACCCACAACGGCAGUGUCCUACAUGUCAGUGAAAUGCGUGGAUGUCCGUAAAAACCAUCACAAGACAAAAUGGUUAAUGCCUUGGGGACCCAACCAGUGUGACAAGAUCCGAGACAUUGAGGAAGCGAUUCCAAGGGAAAUCGAAGCCAAUGACAUUGUGUUUUCUGUUCACAUUCCCCUCCCCUCCAUGGAGAUGAGUCCUUGGUUCCAGUUCAUGCUGUUUAUCCUGCAGCUGGACAUUGCAUUCAAGCUGAACAACCAAAUCAGAGAAAAUGCAGAAGUUUCCAUGGAUGUUUCCCUGGCUUACCGAGAUGAUAUGUUUGCUGAGUGGACUGAAAUGGCCCAUGAGAGAGUGCCCCGGAAACUCAAAUGUACCUUCACCUCCCCCAAGACCGCAGAACAUGAGGGCCGUUACUAUGAAUGUGACGUCCUUCCUUUCAUGGAAAUUGGGUCUGUGGCUCAUAAGUAUUACCUUCUAAACAUCCGGCUGCCUGUGAAUGAGAAGAAGAAAAUCAAUGUUGGGAUUGGAGAGAUUAAGGAUAUCCGGCUGGUGGGAAUUCACCAAAAUGGAGGCUUCACCAAGGUGUGGUUUGCCAUGAAGACCUUCCUUACACCCAGCAUCUUCAUCAUUAUGGUGUGGUAUUGGAGAAGGAUCACCAUGAUGUCUCGACCCCCUGUGCUUCUGGAAAAAGUCAUCUUUGCCCUUGGGAUUUCCAUGACUUUUAUCAAUAUCCCAGUGGAAUGGUUUUCCAUUGGGUUUGACUGGACCUGGAUGCUAUUGUUUGGCGAUAUCCGACAGGGCAUCUUCUAUGCAAUGCUUCUCUCCUUCUGGAUCAUCUUCUGUGGUGAGCACAUGAUGGAUCAGCAUGAACGGAAUCACAUAGCAGGGUAUUGGAAGCAAGUCGGACCAAUUGCUGUGGGCUCUUUCUGCCUCUUCAUAUUUGACAUGUGUGAGAGAGGGGUACAACUCACGAAUCCCUUCUACAGUAUCUGGACUACAGAUGUUGGAACAGAGCUGGCUAUGGCCUUCAUCAUUGUGGCUGGCAUCUGCCUCUGCCUCUACUUCCUGUUUCUGUGCUUCAUGGUCUUUCAGGUGUUUCGGAACAUCAGCGGGAAGCAGUCCAGCCUGUCGGCCAUGAGCAAAGUCCGGCGGCUGCACUAUGAGGGGCUAAUUUUCAGGUUCAAGUUCCUCAUGCUUAUCACCUUGGCUUGUGCUGCCAUGACUGUCAUCUUCUUCAUCGUUAGUCAGGUGACUGAAGGCCAUUGGAAGUGGGGCGGCGUCACGGUCCAAGUGAACAGUGCCUUUUUUACAGGCAUCUAUGGCAUGUGGAACCUGUAUGUCUUUGCUUUGAUGUUCUUGUAUGCACCAUCCCAUAAGAACUAUGGGGAAGACCAGUCUAAUGCUUCCUCACCUGUAAAGCUGGCAAGACCAGAGUUCCUGCCUCGGAGGGCUCUCGUGAGGAUUAAAUACGGCAAAAACUGCAUGGUCGUGUCAAUAGACGCAGAAGACGCAUUUGACAAAUUUCAACCAUCACGUAUAAAGCAUCAAGAAUAGCGUCAGGCACAAAGCGAUCUGGGUGUCCACAGUGGGGAAGAACUCCAGCUCACCACCACUAUCACCCACGUGGACGGACCCACCGAGAUCUACAAGUUGACCCGCAAGGAGGCCCAGGAGUAGGAGGCUGCAGCACCCAGCUGGGACUGUCCCCCACGCCCCAGCCCCGCUAACUAGAGUGGGGAGCGUGCCAGAGAGCUCCACGUGCAAAUGAAUGCUCUGUCUCUUAGCUGUGGUUUACUUGGACCAGCAGCGUGGACGUUUGUCAGCUUGCCUUCUGAUGGUAACUCUUGGAGGAAGAUUCCUGCAGCCACUAAUGCAUUGUGUAUGAUAACAAACCCUCUGGUACGACACAUGUUCUGUGAUCAUUGUUAAUUAGUGACAUAGUAACAGCUGUAGCAGGUGGUUAGUCAACCUCAUGUGUUGGGGGUGCACUCCUUGGGGGAUGGUUUGGGCCAGAUGGGGUCUAUAUGGAGUGGAAUAUUUUAUUCUUUUUUUUUUUCCUGUUUUAGAUUCUAGGAUAGAGUUUAACAUUCUUUGCUGUCCGAGAUGGGCUGGUGUCAUAGUCUUCUUAGUCCGUGACCACUUUUUUUUCCCUAUUUAUAUCACCAAGUAGCCUAUCGAGUUAAUAUUUAAGUUGUCAAUAGAUAUGUGCCCUUAUUUUUUACGGCAUAAUAUAAAAUAACUGAAUUUCAUGAGAAGGUCUGUUACACCAGGGGCAUUUCAGCUUUGAAACCAAAUCUGUAUAUCCAAUACUAACCAGUCUGUUGGAUGUGGGUUUUAAAAAAUGUUUGCUAAACUACCCAAGUAGGAUUUAUUGUAUUAAAUGGCCUCUGGGUCUGAAAAGCUUUUUUAACCUCUUGCUUAAAAUGUGUUUUCUUUUGAUAAGAUGCUUCAAACAGCCUCCGGAAGUGUAGAUCCGAUCAUUUAAAUAAACCUGUAUGUAUAUGCA